CACCUUAUUUGUAGAUAUUUGGCUAGCCAGCCCCUUGUGCGAGCACCGCGGGUUGUUGAAGCGUCGAGAUUCGAGAUAAACGUCAGCCUGGGAAUCACUGUAAAAUCGGGCAUAACUCAAGCAUAUCUACAAGUUUACGGUUCUCGGUCUUGUGAUUAGACCCCCUUUCAAACCUCGAGCAGUGGUUCACCUUUACGACGCCUGAGCUGGCACCCAGCGGCACCAUUGCCACUAUGAGCUUCAACCUAGAAGAUCUCGAAGGCCCCAUUACGCACAUCCUCACUGCUCCAGGUGUUGAUUUGAGCACCAUCAGCGCGAAGGGAGUUCGGCAGAAGUUACUGGAGGACGCCGCGUUGGGCCUGACCGCUCGAGGACUGAAGGAACGAAGGACGGAGGUGGACGCUAUGAUUUCGAGUAUCUAUGAGGUCGUUAGUCGGCAAGCACAAACAGACGAAUCGAAGAGGAAACGCGAGGAAGGGACAGAUGAAGGCACGGAACAGGAAGAACAAGGAGAGGAUACGGAGGACCAAGAUGACGCUGUAGAGGAGCACGACGGAGAAGCAUCGGAGGAGGAUGUCAAAGUGCCAACGAAGAAAAAGAAGGGUGCCGUGAAAAGUGUCGAGGAGGCUGAUGCUGAGUUGGCCAGGAAACUUGCAUCAGAACUCAACUCCCGGUCGCGGCGUGGCGCAUCAAAUGGCUUAUCUGCCACGCCCAAGAAACGUAAGACGAAGAAGAGUGCAGCUGUGGUUGAUUCUGGUGCUGAGGACGAUGGCGAAGAUGAGGGGAAGCCGAAGAAGAAACGCAGUGGAGGUGCAAGAGGAGGUUUCGCGAAGGAAUAUAUUCUCAGCGAAUCUCUAUCAGUGGUUGUUGGCGUGGACAAGCUUUCGCGCCCUCAAGUUGUGAAGAGACUAUGGGAGUAUAUCCGUGGCCAUGAACUUCAAAACCCUUCCAACAGACGUGAGAUCAUGUGCGACGACAACAUGCGAGCUGUUUUUGGUACUGAAAAGGUCGAUAUGUUCCGGAUGAACAAAGUUCUGGGACGGCAUUUACAUGCCCAGUGACAACACUGGGGAGAGGUACACCAAGCCGACGUGUCGUUAGUUCUACAGUGGUUACCGGUAUCUCUGGCACGCAUAAUUUAUGGAUUACAGUUAGCCUUGUGUGUUCGCACAAUUGGACCUACACAACGAAU